AUGUCUUUUAUUCCUCUGUCAUUAAAUUUGUGAUUUUCAAAGAAGACAACUUUAUUCUGAGCCCGAAUACUGGUAGGUUGAGUAUCUAUCGUGUUUUGGAGAUAGAUAACAACAUUGGAAUUAUCAACUUUGGGGGAAAAACCCAAUAGGCCCACAUCAAACUUCGUAGUUUUACUUCGUCCAUUUGGGUAAUAAUCAUGGUAUCUUGCGGUAUGCUUCAGCCGUCUCUGAAGGCCGUGCUGGCCCGUUGCCUGUUCGCUAUCCACGGCAUCAUCACCAUUUGGCGCGUGACGGAGGUGAACUCGGACACUGUCUACUAUCUUCUCAUCAUUCCGGUCUUACUGCUACCGCUGGAGAUGAUUGUCACGCUGAAAUUUGCGGACAAUGGGGAGUGGAAGUGGUUUUGCCCCAGUGUUCUCCUGUACUUGACCAGCGUGGUGCCGGGUCUGUGGCUGCUGCAAUUCGAUUUGUACGAGACUCGCAUCGACUACCGCGACUCGAAUGACCUAGAGGACUGCUCGGGCGAGUUCGCCUACAAUUCGUCGGGUCUCACUUCUGAUGUCGCAGGGUUGCAAAUUUCCAUUCCAUUGAGCCUUGCUGCUGAUGUCUGGGCUAUAACCCUGGAGCAAAUUCUGAUUGCUCUUCUGAUCGUAGGAAGAUGGCUUCUGCCCAAGGGAGCACUCACGCGCGAACAGCUCUCCCAGCUGCUGCUCGUCUACAUCGGCAUGGGCGCGGACAUCCUGGAGUUCUUUGGGGAGAGUGUGGAGGAGGAAGCAGUCGUCUGCAACUUGCCGCUCAUCACACUCAUCAUGCUAUUCUGGAGCUGGAGCCUGAGCCAAUUCACUCUGGUGCGGACGUCGGUUUCUGCUCCUCAGACCAAGGAUACCAAACGGCGCAAGUCCAUGGUGUCUGGCGGGCUUGGGGGAUGCUUCGGAAGUGAGAUCUGGGGCCUGUGCAUUACCAUCGUCAUGCAGGAUGGGCCGUUCCUGGUUAUGCGGCUUUACCUCAUCAUCGCAUACAAUGCCUCCAGUCAGCUUUUACUGUUCUUCACCAUCAAGAACAUCUUGGUAAUUCUGCUGCAGCUGUACCGGAUGGCCAUCCUACCAUGCGCUAGUCUCUUCCCGGGAGAGAGUGGUGACCACGAUAUUGAAGGCCAGCAGGCAGAGGACACGACAGACAAGUCCAACGAAGGCUCCCAGGCCGGUGAUGAUGACGAUGAAGAAAAGUCGGAAGAAUCGAAUCGCGAAGGCGAUCAGGGGCUCGAUAAUGAAGGCCAGCAGGUAGAGAAAACGACAGGCAAGUCCAACGAAGGCUUUCAGGCUGAUGAUGAUGAUGACGAUGGGGAUGAUGAUGAUGAAGAAGAACAGCCAGAAGAAGUGAAUUACAAAGGCGAUCAGAGGCCCUCCUGGAUUGGCACCAACAUGUAAUGGGUAAUAGGUGGUGGUAAUGUUCGGGUAUAUACUUUCAGAAAGAACAGGUCGUGAACAGGCCUGCAGUAAUAUUGUUGGUUCAAUGCCGGAAGAGAAAGAUCAUUAUUCUGUCUCUUAAGCCUCGUAUAAUUUUCAUAUCUAUACUGGUCAUACCAAGUUAAUUUCUUCAAGACAGUAUACAAAUUGUUAAAAUGGGACGUGCUUUGAUUCACUCUAUACUCUGCUUCGGAAUACAUAAACAUCACCUUGAGGAAUCAGUGCACUCUAUUUAAAUGUCACAGAUGACUUUUUUGGUGAUGGUGGUGGCGGUGGUAUAUAAUGAAACAUCUUAAGAGAUUGAAAGUACGAGAUAUGUCUUGAAUUGUUGAACUCGUCAUCACAAUAAUGUCUUAUGAGUGUAAGAGCUAAAAGCCCGAAACUGCAUCCUCGUAGAACCUUGCUUAAAAAACCAGGUAUAAGCAGUAUAACAAGGAACUUCUCUUCUUAUAAUCUGACAAUCUUCUUAUUUUAAUUUCUCAUCAAGAAAAGUGUUGGGUUUAUGACUAUAAACCAAGCAGCUAUCGCUGAACAUUCAGUGGAGUCCCCUUCAAUAGACCUUAUUCAUGAGGGAGCCAUCUUUGAUCGUGUUCCUUGAAUGUAUUUUAUAAAUUGUAAACUGUUGAAUGGGAUGGUGCCACUAUACGUUCCAACCUUUUUUUUCGAUGUGGCUUAAAACAUU